CCGCGCGGAAAGAGACCAUCUGAAGUCUGUGCCAGCGGCGCGCGCGGGGCUACGGUAUCUCUCCUCUUGUAUACCGCUCAACUUUCCACCCGUCAUGUGAGGAGUUUACAAAAACCAUGGAGGAAACACUAACUCGCGCAUCGCUGCUCUUCUGCACCUUUAUUUUUCUUUCCGUGACGAGUAAUUCGGCGGAGACUCAGUUCGACGUCAGGGACGCGGUGGUUUUCAGCGGGCCGAACGGGAGUUCCUUCGGGGCGUCCUUGCUGAAGUACCGAAGAGGCGGGCGGACAGACAACGGCACCUGGAUCCUGGUAGGUGCGCCGGACUCUCGUCCCCAGGCGAUCAAACAUGGCGGCUCCGGCGAGGUUUACAAGUGUCGUUUGACGUCUGAGGGGUUCUCUUUCCAGAGCUUGUCGUUUUAUGGUGGAAAGCCCACACCUUCCAGAAAGAAGAUCCGGUCAUGGAAAAAACGCUUGCUGAGACUACAGGGUUUCGGGAGUAUGUUACUGCUGGACAGGAACAACAAACCAAUGGCAUGCUCCACGUUGAAAGAGACAAAGUUGGGAUCCGGAGUGAUGAGGUCCAAGUGUUUCUCCAUCAGCCGGCACCUAACGCUGGAGGGGUACACCGGUGUUACGCCAUGUGCUGUAGACGGGACCAAUUGGAAGGUGAACAAGAAGGGGAGACUGCGGACCAAGAGCUGCCGGGGCGGUGUCAGCGUUCACGGGCUCCCUAUCCAGAGCGAGUGGAGCUUCGGACUGAAAGAGGACAGUCGACAAGAUCCCGAGGGCGUCGCGGCAGCGAAGGAAGCGCCACCUCCCCUACCUACAGACAUUCUUGCUGUUCAAGUAGGGAAGGGCCAUUUCUUCAGCAAGGAAGAGUUAGAGACUGUGGCGAGUUCCCCAACCUACGACGGAACCGGAAAGGUUCUCAUCCAUGACCGCAAAGGAAAAGUUCUCAUCGAAUUAACCGGCGACGAGCCUGGUGCAAAUUUCGGGUCGUCCGUUGCUAUCGUAGACCUGAAUGGCGAUGGGCUAUCUGAGCUGCUGGUCGGGGCGCCUCUCCAUGGAGGGAACGACGAACGAGGACAAGUCUGCGUUUACUUCAACACUGGAGAGGGGUUAGAACGACGCCCGGAAGAAUGCCUGUCUGGAUCCAGCAAAGCACGGUCACGAUUCGGAGUAGCCAUAGAAGCUAUUGGAGACAUCAACGAAGAUGGAUUUCAGGAUGUCGCUAUCGGCGCUCCGUUUGAAGACGACAAGAAAGGAGCAGUAUACAUCUACCACGGAACUAAGGACGGCCUCAACUCUACUUAUUCCCAGAGAAUAUCAUCGCAGAAUGAUUUUGAGCUGCGAGGGUUGAAGAUGUUUGGCGCCUCCAUAGCGGGUGGUGAAGACAUCAGCGGGGAUGGUACACUAGAUAUUGCCGUUGGAGCCCCUGAGAGCAGCAAGGCUGUCAUCAUAAAAGGAAAGCCUAUCAUCGAGGUUUCCGCUCAACUUGAACUUUACCCAGACAAGAUAAACGUCCGGGAAUGCCGGAUGAAGGGGAAGAUGUCUCCCUGUUUCUACGCCACGGCCUGCUUCACGUUCAACGAGAAGAGGGCACCUGCCAACAUACCCAUCACCUACACCAUCUCGGCUGACGCCAACUUGAGAGGUGGGGCGUCCGAGAGCCGACUGGAGUUCUUCGGUAAGGAGCACGACCUGAAGAGUAUCACCACGCUGUACAACAACCGCAGGACAUGCCAGAAGCAUGGCGUCUAUCUCAAGGGUGACGCCAGUGGUUUCCACCUCCCAGCAGAGUUUUCUCUGGAAUACGAGCUGACCUGGGAGAGCAGUGAGAAGUAUAAUGCUCCCAUCCUGAAAAAGAAGGAGGAAAAUAUUCGCCAAAAGGUGAAGUUUAUCGAAUACUGUACGGAUGGCACCGAUGACUGCUACAGUCUCCCUGUACAGAACCCCAAACAGACUGAAACUAACAAAGGAAAGAGUUUCCUACCCGACACAAACAUGGCCGACACCUCCAUGACACAACCACCCAAGGUGACAACCACAAUCAAGAAAAUUAUCUCUGCUACAAAGAAGCCAGAAGUUCCAGAAACCGAGGAUCAGGAGGAGCUGGAAAAGCCUCUCAUGCCGAUAAAGGAAACCGUAGACAAGGACUCCAAGAAGGAGGUUGACGCGCUGCCUGGCAGCAAGCCCAUCAUCGUAGAUGUGGACCAACACAAGAUCAGACUGUCACUUAAAGAAGGUGCGACCACGACCUUCCACAUGGGUGUGCACAAGCAGGAGCAGCGGCCACUGGACUUGUUCCUGUUGUUGGACCUGUCUGCUACCAUGAAGAAAGAUCUGGCCAACAUUCAGAACCUGGUCUACCACCUCCGAACGACUAUGUCAAAGGCUGCUCCCGACGUGCGGAUUGGUGUUGGAACUAUCCGACAACUACAUGACCUGGGAGCUGCGCUUGGCAGCAGCGCCUCCGUGCGUCUGUCGACGGUACUGUCCAGGUACCGUCCGUCCGUGUCGUCCCUCAGCCCCGUGUGGGAUCCUGAAGGACACGUCCUAACUCCGCCCAACCCUGUCCGUCAUCCCGAUGACAAACACAUUAUACACUUACCGUUGGAGAGUUAUCAGAGUUCCCGCCCCUGUGCUGGCCCCAAGUGCCGCCAGCCGUUUGGGUUCCACGCCGCCCUGCCCCUCACCAACCGCUUCAACCUGCUGGAGUUCUUCCUGCGUCGCCUCACGGUGUCGGAAGGGGUCGCUAGACCCGAGGAAGGGUUCGACGGCAUGCUGCAAUCGGCUGCAUGUAUGAAAAAAGUUGGGUGGCGUCACAACUCCCUGCGCAUGCUGGUGUACGUGACCGACACGCCGGUACAGUACGUCGGAGACGCUCGCCUGGGUGACUACAUCCUGCCCAACGACGGGACCUGCCAACUGGACGCCAGGGGGGUGUUCGUCAAAAACGCGCUCCAGUCCACAGGCUAUGGUUGGAGUCCGACUCCGUAUCAAAGAGACUAUCCCUCCAUCGGACUUCUGAAGACCAAGUUCUACGACAACAGCAUCGUCCCGAUCUUCUUGGUGCCCAAGAGACAAGUAAAGGAAUACAAGAACCUCGCCAGCGCUCUUGAUGGUCAGUUGGGAGUCAUGGAGGACAGCUCAAGGAACCUGGUCAAGAUGGUCAAUUCUGCUUAUGAGCAUGCCCGAUCAGAAGUGACUCUACAGACCAUGGACAUCCCUCCAGACGUGGACGUUAAGGUGACGGCGGCCUGUAAGGGGGAUCUCCGGUAUGAAGAUAAGGACAGCUGUGCAGCUGGGGACAAGGUGAAGUUUAACGUCCACGUGACGUUGGAAGACUGCCCCGCAGAGAAUCAGGACUACUUCAAGAUCAAACCAGUCGGCAUGCACCACGAGAAGACCAUAGUCCUGGACUACACCUGCCGGCCUAAAGUUGAAAAACCCAAGACUUCCUUUGACGAUUUGGAUCUUACUGGGUUCCAAGGACAGGACGCGGAACUUGCCGUAGACAGCGACCCGUGUUCAGCCAAGUUUGACGACAUCACUGAUGUAAUCACUGGUAAGGUAGAAGAGAACGGUGACGCUGUAGUCGGAGACGUAGCCUACGCCUUCAGCGGCAGCUACCUGUGGAAGAUGGGGGCGAACGGAACAGAGGACCCCGUCAAAGUCGACGAGAUGUUCGACGGACUGACGGAGGGGAUCGACUCCGCCUUCACGUCAAGAUGGACCCGGAUGAUGUACUUCAUGAAAGGAGAUCAAAUUUGGCGGUACACCCAGCUACACACCGGAGAAAUAGAUCUAGACAACGGAUUCCCCCGUAACGUCAACACCACGGGGAUCCCGACCAACCCAGACGCCUCUCUGGCUCGUGCCUACCAAGUCUUCUUCUUCAAGGGCAACAAGUACUGGCUGUGGAACGAAUUCAGCGGUCGCACUGCCCACGGAUACCCGCAAAAAAUACAGGUGUCCUGGCCGGGCGUUCCUGACGGCAUCCAGGCAGCCUUCCAUGGCACAGACGGUAUGAUCUACUUCUUCAAGGACGACAAGUACUACAUGAUGGACCAACACCUUCUGGAGAAGGCCAAGGAGGAAUCCCGGGAGAACCCACGGCCGUGGAUGGGGUGUAAAUAGACUGUACCAUGUGCUGCAAUGAUAGGGUCCUGUAACCCCCCCACAGAACAGUGGAUCAGUCGACAAACUUUCUGAAAUACAGUACUAUAUAAUAUAGGUGGUUAGGACAUACGAACAACACCAGCUUCUGUACUAUAAGCACGUUCUCGGUUUCGAGUGCGCAUGUGCAGCGACACGUAUUGUGGGUAGCAUGUCAAAGGUGAAAACCCCUGAGACAUACGAAAUGCAAGCCUUGACAUCAUUAUGCAAAGCGAGACAAUUAUCUCUUGUACCAUAAACUGUUUACAUGUUAGGGGCCGUCACCUUUGACAUUAUACCCACAAUUCCUGUUGCUGCACAUGCGUAAUCGGAGCCUCAAGCGUGUUUAUAGAACCUUCGAAGUUUGAUACACAACUGCACACAGUAAAUAAAAGCAAAUAGCUACCUGCAAAUGUGCUUGAAAUAAUAACUACUCCCUAGAAAUUUUUUUAAGUUGCAAGAAGACAUUAGAAGGAAGGAAAGUAUGAACAUGUUGCUUGAUGGUCAAGCGAACAUCCAACAAAAACACAAUCAUGUGGUUUCGAAAUUUGAGAAAAUAUUGCAAUUGGAAGAGAUGGCAAAUGUUUGAUUUGAGUCAGAAACGUUUAACAUUGUGAGGUCCAAGCUCUUGGCUCUUGGAAAAUGUUGAUGAGAGUAACGUCAGUGAAAAUUUUCAUCGGCAACGCAAGAUGGAACAUGACUACUUGUGUAUUAUUCCUGAAAAACAUGACUGUAUUACUUAUGAAUACAUUGUGCGAUUUUUAAGGGUGUAAACGAGAAACAUGAAUAUCAACAAUGGUGCUAUUCGGAAGUUACAUCGAAUACUCUCAUAGAGUUAAAAGCUGACUAAUGUUCAACACCUUGUGUUCAAUAUACUCGCGUUGUCGCUUUGAAGUCAUAACUAGCAAACAAGUUACUACUACGAAAAUGCUAAGUAAAAGUAGCCAAACGCGUCAUGUAGCGUACAUGUUUUAAAAGGAGAGAUAGUGUUUGUGCGGUCUGUAUUGUUGUACAAUUAUUUACAUUUUUUUUUAUAUGAAUAUGCAAGAGUGUACUUCACCCUGUGUGAUGGUAUGACGAUCUUUAACACAUGUAAAUUGCUUAUAUCUUUUUAACACUAUAAAAAUAUGCUACUUUGGUGAAGAUUGUUUUGUUGGUUAGGAUACGGUACUGUAUACUAUAAAUCUAUGUUUUUUUCAUAAAAAGCACGUUUAUCAAAUAAUGUACUGCUGAUUGUAUUCAAGCUACGGUAACUUUUGCAACUGUACCAAGGGAAUGUAGAGAGAUUUGGAUUGGAAUUCUUUGAAUUAUUCUGAUUAAUAUGAGGUUGACGAAUCAAAUGGUUCUUUGCAAAGAUGCACUAUGGGUAAAACGUCAAAAGUGAAGGCCCCUAAGACAUAAACAAACACGUUUGGGUGUGUAAUGUGUGUUGUAUAAUAACUGUAUACAAGUAUGGGGCAUUGACCUUUGACUUAUUACCCACGAUGCAGCUCUCUGCGCAAGCGCAGUUGAGUCCAAGAACUGUCUUGUAGACUUGGAAACCAGCACAAGCGAAGUACAGACUUGUUUAGGUCAUCAUUUUUGGAUUGCCAGUGUGGCAAAAAAAGGACAGUUUGCAUGUAGUUGUAGAUUAUUUGUAACGCCCUUCACAAAUAUGAAAUGAUUUGAGUUUUUCUUUUUGUUUGUUUCAAAUCUACGUGUUUUAAAGGUAAUCAGAUAGCCUUGUAGGCAUCAAAAUAGGAAAAAAGGGUAUGUUUAACUAGAUAAAAAAAUACUACAUACAUCUUCUAUGUUGAAAAAAAAAGACUAUUAUUAGUAUUACUAUCACUAAUAUGUGUUACAUAUACCAGCUUAAAAUGUGUAUGGGGGUACAAGAAACGUACAAUAAGUAUGUGAACUACCUUAUUUUACACUUUGUUUUUGGAACAUAUUUUGUUAUUACCAUUAUUGGCAAGUCAAUGUUAAUAAAUCUGCUUCCCAUU